GUGUACAAACAGGUAUUCAAAACAAAUGGAAAGCAUUUGUUUGAUUAUUCAAUCCUAAUAUUAUUAUUUAGGAAAUAUGUGUUUAUUUCAUAGCUUUAACAGUUCCUAUGUAUUGUUAUACAGUAUAUGUGUCUGUUUCGAAAUCAAUAAAAGGACUGAACAAAUUUGGAUUGAAUCAGUUUUAGUCAAUUGUUAGAUCAGUGAGUGUUGGAUUAGACGAAAGACUCUAGUAAACGAUCUAGGAAACUAAAUAAAAUAAAAAAAUAGUUUAAAUAGUUUAAAUUAGAAAAAUCAUGAGUGGAUCAAGAGCCAAACAUAAUUUUGCCAAAGAAUGUGAAGAUGCCAUCAAUAAACAAAUCAAUAUGGAACUACAGGCUGCUUAUGAUUAUAUGGCAUUCUUCACUUAUUUCGAUCGAGAUGAUGUGUCAUUUCCGAAAGCAGCUGAAUUCUUUCGAAAAGCUUCACAUGAAGAACGUGAACAUGCAGAGAAAUUGGCCAAAUAUCAGAACAAACGUGGUGGUCGUGUUCAAUACAGUGAUAUCAAGUGUCCAACUAAGACAGAAUUCAGUGGUUUGGAGGAUGCUAUGAAUACCGCCCUUGGAAUGGAAAAAGCAGUUAGUAAUGUAAGUCAGAACACUAAUUACUUCUUAAUUACCUUUUUUUCACCAAUUGAGCUACUUUUUAAAUUGGUUUAUUUGUGUGGACAUUAAGAAACCGGCCGAACAACCGUGAGGUCAUGACCUGAUACCAUGAAUUAGAAGACAGAAAAUAUGAAUGUUCAAUUUAUGAUGAAUAAAAAACAAAAGAACCUGCUAGGGAUUUAUUGGUUUCACAUGAUCAUUGAACUUUCUUAAGUUAUAUAUGUAUGGUUUAAAUACAUAGUUCAGAAGUGGGAUCUAGGUUCUGACAUAGGAUUUAGGGUUAGUUUAUACAUUCUGUAAAAUCUAGUCCUGACUAGGUCUUAGUGUUGACCUGAAUUUUACCCUCAGAACUAAAUUUAAGAGAUAUUGCAUCGAAAUAUGCUACUUCGUAUUUCUUUGAACCGAUCCGUAAUCACUUCAUUAUUCCGCUUACAUGUCAGUAUUUUCACUAAUUUUAAGCCUUAUAAGUACUAAGUGAUAGUUUAUUCAUCAAAACGAACCGAAAAACUGCCAGCAGAGAGCAUGUUAGCUUGAUGAUUAAUCCAUGACAUUGGAGUCACUUACCCCAUACCAAUCGUUUAUUUUUACUGUUUAUCUGUUACAGAAGUAAUUGUUUACUCCUUUAUAUUUAAAUUAAUUGUUCACUACAAAUAUUUACCAAAUGGCAAGUAGUUUCGAGUUGCUUGAAUUGAAGAUGAAAAAAAAAUGAGUAGGAUAUCUUGACUAGUUUGGCUUUAGAUACAUUUAAAAAUUCUGUUAUUUUACAGAAAUAUAACUAAAUUCUCUAACUAAGCACGAGAUAUAGCUCAAAUAAUAUUCAGAUAAUGAAAACCUAAAUCCACUGAUGGAUAAAAUACAUUAAGGAUGAUAAUGUACUUAGCCAUAUUCAAGCUAUAUCUUUAAUUAAUUAAUUUAUUUAAGGUUGUAUGGUGUCUAUCUGUCAAUUGUUUCUCUAAUCUUGUAAGAUGUAGUUCAUUGACUGUUUUUAUACGCAUAGUGGAUAAACAAUUACAGUAUAGAACUAAAGUGUAGACGACUGUUUCAAUUAUGGGUAUUGUGUUCUACUGUGAAUAUAAACCACUUUAGAUUCUAUUUUAUAAAUCGUUUUUAAUGCAAUGACUUACAUGUUUAUGUUAAGAAAAUUUAGUUACACAGCGAAUCAUCAGUUAGCAUUUCAGUUAGAUUUCUAUUCCGUGGUGUUGUAAAUAGUCAGUAAAAUUUAAGUUCUAUAGUCAAUUACGUUCUCAAUAAGUUAGUAAUUCUCCAUAAAACUAUUCAGUUUGAUCACUAAGUUUAUUGUAUUUUAAUGUCCGUUUACUGUGGUUUCGCAUCAAUAUUUCAGUUUUAGUGGGUAGUUAUUGGUCAUAUAGAUUAUUUGGGCUCCUUUGUUGGAUUAACCACACAAUCUAAACUCACAUGAUUGCACAAUAUCCUACUGUUUCAUCAUUUUGGUGUCAUUGGUUAUCUCUUAAAAUAUGAAAACCUAACAAAUCAAAACAUUUUUUGGGUAUUGUUAACCAUAGGGUUGUUAAGUUAACAAUACCAUAGAGACAGUCAGGUGUACUCUGUCUGCUGAAAGUUAAUUAUAUAUUACUCUGAAUAAAUAUCGUUUUCAUAUUAAACCAAUUUCCAGCUACGUAUUCGUACGUAGCUUAAUAUGGAACUCUCUCCUAUACCAAAACGAGGUCAUGUAGAAUAGCACUGAUAUUCAUCGUUUGUACAUGGUUAUUUCAUAAAAAUUGAUACGGAGUUGACCAACAUGUUUUUUAGAUACUUCAUUUCGAUCACACAUUUAUCGAGAACACAGCGCAUACAUUUAGUAUGUAGUUUCUAUUACGUAUCGACCUUAUUUAGACAACCACUCAAAACUAGGAAACGUUGCAUAGCUGUUUACUCUUAGUUUGGGAGUCGCUGGGGCUUAUCCAAACUCAGGACCUUAAGGUAUCGCUACAAGCGCUCAACCUUUAGAUAAAUGAGCGAUUACCAAUCGUUUGUUAGUUCGCGAUAUUUCUAAAUCCGUGUUCAAUACCACUGGUGAUACUUAUUUCACACCUGACACGGUUAAACUUCACUGGUCGCAAUUUCCCUAUGGAACUCUAGUGACUACCUUUCGAACUUCGUCAUUUUUUUAUUUUACAAAACCAAUUAUUCAGUAAUCAUUCUAUUACUUUUUUCUCUUAGUCAUUAUUAGAACUCCAUGAAGUAGCUUCAAGGAACAAUGAUCCAGGAUUAACAGAUUUUAUUGAAAGUGAAUUUCUUCAUGAACAAGAAGAUGCAAUUAAACAAUUUGCUGAUUAUUUAACAGAAACACAACGAGUUGGUAAAGGACUUGGAGAAUAUCUAUUCGAUAAAUUAACAUUAAAUGAAUAGAGUGAUUUUAAUUAUUCUAUUUUAAAUGACAUUCCUCAUUAUCAUGAUUUCAUUUGAUACAGCAUAGUUUAUUUGUUUUUAAAAAUAAAAUUUAUUUGUAAAUAUAUCAUAUUUACUUCAACAAUAUAACCAUCUAGUUCUAAUAUACUUUACUUUUUCAAUGUCUUCUAUAAGCUUAUCACGUUUUUCGUUCGUGUUUAAAUAAAGCCAAUGUUGUUAAUAAUCGAUAAGACGAGAAACAACUAAUCGAAUAUUCUGUAACCCUAUAUGAUCAGUGAACUAGACAUAAAAAUGUUAG